UUUUGGUGGGAAGUGAGUGGGGUGCGCCCGCGCCGCCAGUCUGUCGACACCGCGCGCGCGCAGCGCUCGUCCCGGCCAGUGAGUGAAGUGCAGUGCCGACAAUACAACUAUUACCAAAGUGACGCUAAACAACGGGGAGAUAAACAUAAAAAUUCAGUUCCUUCUUUGUCCCCCACUGUCUGACCCCCGGAUUGUCCUCUGAACAUUGUCGAAGGCGCGAGGGACUCACUUCGAUUCAUAACGGAUUGAUAGAUUGAUAAACAAAAAGUGGACAUGAUUAUGUUAAGGAUUUGACAUCAGACGCAGCAACGAACUUGCUUCAAUACAUACAUAUCACGCAGUUUCACAUAGAAGAAAGGAAUGAGCAGCAAGCAACUCCUAAUUGCUUUACAUGAUCAAAACGCCUUUUGUUCUGUCCAAUAGCGCAGCAGGGUGGCGGCGUCCAAGUAUGGCGGCGGAGGGCUCUCACUGGGCUCCGGCGUCGCGGUGAGGCGCGGCAUGAAGUGCGCUGGCGUGGCGGGCGCCAGCGGCGACGAGCUCCUGCUCGGCAGCUGCUGGCUGGACCCCAAGCUCGACAACUCCUCCCCCCCGCCCACCUGCCACGAGCUCCUCGACUCUCUCCUCGCCCCUACCCCUCUCGCAGAACUCAAGCCCCUCCCUCCCUUCACUGGCUACACUGGGCACCUCUCUAUCAACGGCAUCUCUGGACACCACUACCAUGCUAUCGCGCAACGCCUUCCAGAAGAGAAUAAUAACUAUCCAACGCAGAGCGGCUACGGCGCCGACCAUGACGUAGUUUCCUCCUCGACCUGCGCGGCUGACGCGGAGCCACCUGACUUAGAGGACGUCAAACCGUUCCUCGACGCGCCUGACACCAAACCCUUCGCGGACACCUCCGCUGCGGACUCAUGCGCCGCGUCAUGUUCGCCUCCCGCGAAACUGUUCGAGGACGGACACAAGCAGGACAUGUAUGACAUCAGCUCGAUAGAAGACAUCGCGGCUAUCAUCGGCUCAGCCAUCGCCGACACCACUGUCCCGUCUCAACCAGAGGAUCCUGAGAGGAAUGACUCCAGAGAUAGUUGGAUGGACAUCGAUGCCUGGAUAACAGGUGCGUGCACGCAGCCUGGUGAUAAGAUUGUACAGCAAGAUCUAGCGGAGUUUGGUCUGCCCAAUUCACCACCCUCGGGGCAAAAUCAUCACUCGAGUCUUGAUUACCCAUGCAAAAAUCAGGAGUUUUCUAAAAGCACGGAGUUUCUUCAGAAGAACUUAGGGCAGGCGGGAUCCACCCUGCAGUCUUUGUUGACGCAUGGUUACAUGCCACUGCUUCAAAAUCGGCUGCAAAAUGGACCUCCAGUCAAGCAGGAAGCGCCGAGCUCCACAAGUUAUGGGAUGGACGUGAUUUCAACGUCAUCUCCCCCGGGGAACGCCGUCUCCACGACCGAUGGUGUCGGUGGACUGCUAAAUGGGCGAUACGCGCCACAUUACGCGCUCGGCCUGAAACCUGAUGGCCUAUGCAGUCCAGAAAGGCUGCUGGGCUACCCGCACGCUCACACUACGACUUCCACACCAGCUAGUAAAAGCAAAAGAAGUCGAGCUAAAGCGAAACAAGCGAACAGCAACAUGCACGGGAGCUCGCUGGCGUUCCCGUCGGCGACGGCGGCCGAGCUGAGCGGGCUGCUGGGCAAGGAGAAGCCGGUGCACCGGUGCGGGAUAUGCAAUAGGGGAUUCCUGAACAAGUCCAACAUUAAGGUUCACCUCCGAACCCACACGGGGGAGAAGCCGUUCCGGUGCGACGUGUGCGCGAAGGCGUUCCGGCAGAAGGCGCACCUUAUCAAGCACCAACAGAUCCACAAGCGGAUCGGCAGGGACUAGAGGAGUAGGUUCUAGCUCAAAAUGAAGCAUUUUGUAGUUUGUAAUAUAGUGUGUCUGUGACUGUAGUGUCAGUGAGCGUGGUGACGCAGUGCGCGCUGAAUCUCAUGUAGGCUAUUGUAAAUUAAUUUCGUUAGGAACUCGUUGCAACGCUCCGGAACAUUGGCGUUGUUGAGAUGUCGCCAGGCGUUCGACGUCCAUGAACGUCUUCUAACGUAGUUACGUGCUAUCACGAGUAAUUAAUUUAAUUAGUAUAACAUUCCUAAGGACAAGUGCAAUGUUAACUAGUUUUAAGUGAUUUAUAUUCUCUGUAUUAUAUUAGUAGAUUGUAAGUUCUUGAAGAUUUCCGCUCCGCUCUUUAUGAUUGUUUUCCGAACUAUCCGUCUCAUUAGUGUAGUUAUAUCUUCCAUUAUUUCGGUUAUGUGUUGACGUCGAGGCUAACUAGGAAACUUAUUAGCUUUGAGCGCAAAGACGUGCUUUUUUGAAACGGCCAAAACAUGAACGAAAUAUAUAUUUUUGUAAUGUAGAGCAACAUUUUUAUUUAAUUUUAUGUGAAUGGUUACUCCGAUUACCUAUUGUUAGUCAGAAUUUUGAAUAAGGAUUUUUAUUUCUUUAAAUGUAUAAAUAAGUACUUAAUUAAAGUAAGAUGAGAAAUGACAAAGCUCACGAGGCUAACAUGAUACUGCCAAUUAUAAACCUGUUGUACUUAAAAACUUUGUAUAAAAUACUCUUUUAAAAUAUGUAGGGAUUUUUUAUUAUUCGGUUGGCAACAUAGUUUAUGAGUAAGGUUUAGUUUUCAUUAUCGCUGCUAGUUAUUUAUUAUUUCGCGCCACUUCUUGGCUCUUUGAAUUAACUUUCUACUUGAAGUAACAAGUAUUAAUAACAUAACAUACCUCAGUUUAACACAACAGUCACAAAACGUCAAUAAAUAAAAAUCUUUGCGACUUAUAAACGUCUUAUAAAAUAAUAUCAUCGAUUCAUCAUUAGAGUUAUUCAAAAGGGGACCAAAAUAUAUUUUACUAAAGAUCAAUUAACUUGCAAAGAUUUUUAAUGUUAUUAUCAAAGUAAUCAUUCAAUGUUUUUCAUCUUUUAACAUGACAUGCAAAACAUAGACUAUAAGUUUCACAAACCAUUGUCAUUUUGUUCCUGAAAGGCUUAACAACCCUCAGGUAAUUUAAGUUAAAGUUCAUAACCACAUAUACACAGUCCAUACAGUUCAUAAGGGAUCGUUUUUCAUAAAAAUAUAUUUAAAAAAUCAUUAUUAUCGUAUCUUCAUCGAAUCAUUACUGAAAUCAUAUCGACAAUUUCAUCAUUUCCUUCAACAUCAACCAUGAAAACUCCACCAACAUCAACAGCAUUGCAUUAUUUUCCAUCACGUUUAAAGUACGGCCUUGUUUUCGCUUUUCAGUCAAAAUUCAAGGCUUUAGGGCACCAUUUCAAAGUUCAAUAACCCUUCGCAACUAUUGCCCAAAAAAUUGGUAGAUAAGGUUUGAAGUAGAUGAAAAAAAUAUUUUAUAUUAUUGGUGGAAUUGAACAGCCAAUCAAAUCGCUUCGUUAUAUGUUCAACUAGAUGCGCCAACGCACGCGAACGGAACUGCCAGCGUCCGGGAAGCGGACGGGUAAAAAAUAUAAAAUUCGUACUAAUAAUACCGAUCCGUUGUUGCGUAAGAUUGGUAUUCGUUGGCAGUUUAUAAUUGUUGUUACAGCAUACGGUAUUUAGGCCAUUUACCGCGAGGCUGAGGGCUGCGUGAUUAGGACUAGAAGUAAUUACACUUCAGUGAUUAAUUACUGAGUUACGUGAGAUGACUCAAUUUCAUGCGCACUUAUUUUGGAAAUCAACCGUCCGUCCGUAGGUUCUUGCAGUCUUUAAUCAAAUAAGAUUUUCCAGAGUCCUUAAUCGAUCGGCACAGAACAAAAUCACUCAUACUAGUGAUAGAAAAAAAUAAAAUUUACAUCACUCAACAUCACUUUCAUCGAUUUCACGAUUAAAAUCAUUUUGCAAAUCGCUCAAAAACAAAACUUGAACAUCAUCAUCGUCAUAGUCAAUACAUAUUUUAUCACUAAAAUCAUUUCAAAGACUGUGAGUGUGAACUUUGACAUAAAGCUUGCUAUACACAUUCCCUUACCAUUCCUUCACUUAUCUAAUGUAUCAUCUUUCAGCUUCAGUGUAUACGAUACACGCUACUAACAUUCCACUAGGCCUGCGACUAUCGUAGGAUAAUCUCUGACUGUAUAGGCGUUAAAACGCUUGUCGUUGCAGACUAGCGACUGCCCAGUAGGGAAAUACACGCUGAGAAAACGCGCGGUUGAAACGCUCGGAAAACGCAGAAAUUAUCCGUCCGGUUAUUGGUGCGAUAGAAAAUACUUUAAGUCAAACUCAAACUCAAGUAAGAGUUUAACAGAUUUUGUAUAAUAAAAGCAGGGCUUACAACUGACAAUAAUGUCAUUUUAUUUAGACUAAAUCAUUAAAACCAUAAACUGAGCCAUUCAUUUCUUCAGAAGGAGACCACGAAACGAAAGCAACUGUUUUCCGUUAAGUUUUAUUAUUAGCUUUCUCCAAUAAUAAACAUCUUAGACGUUAUAUUUUCAGCUUUAACAAACUGUAUUAAUUCAUUUCGGUAGUAUUAACGAUUUGAAUAUGCGGCACACUUUUCACAUACAAACUGAAAGUUUUGCCUUUCUGACCUACUAUUCCGUCAUAAAUCUUUAAAUGAUUGAUUUACAGUCAAUUAAGUGACAUGUUACUCAUUCCAUGCUAUAAUUUAUGAGGAUCCAAAUAUAUUGCUGCGUUCAAAGUUAAAAUGUCAGACGGGCGUUUUAACCGCCGCGUUUCUCACAGCGUGCUAAGUAGAACUUAAUAAAAGUACCUUUUUAUUAGAAUAUAAAUUGUUAGCGUUAAGUAUUUAUUUUUCAAUUAUAAUUUUUGUAAUUAUUAAUUAAUUGUAAAGCAUUACAGUUGACGAAAACAAUUAAAUAUUAUGCGUACUUAUUAAGCGGCGAAUGUUAUUUUUCAAGAGGUUUUUCCAUUAGAUGUUUAAGUAAAUUUGUAAAUUAAUGUAAAAUAAAUGAAGAUUUUUUUUGUUAACGAUAA